UGUCUGACUCAUUCUCUCUACCUGCCUCUCCUCAGACUGACGAUGGCUGAAGCCCACCUGGGUGGAUUACAGGAUGAGUUCACCUGCUCAGUGUGUCUGGACACCUUGACUGACCCCGUCACCAUCCCCCGUGGUCACAAUUUCUGUCUGAAGUGCAUCACCGACUGCUGGAAUCAGAGCCAAGAGUUCUUCUGUCCGCAGUAUAGAGAGAACUUCAGGACAAGGCCUCCCCUGCAAAGAAACACUCUGCUGAAUGAAGUCAUCAGAAAAUUAAAAAAGACAGGACUCAGUUCUCCGCCAUCUAAGAUUUAUGCCAGCCCUGGAGAUGUGGGGUGUGACGCCUGUACUGGGAAGAAGUUCAGAGCAGCGAAGUCCUGUCUAACCUGCAUGGCCUCCUACUGUCAGACUCACUUGCAGUCUCACUAUGAAGUAGCAGCCUGGAAGGGACACAAGCUGGUUGAUCCUGAUAAAAAUCUAAAGGAGAAACUCUGUGAGAAACAUCACAAAAAUCUGGAGAUGUUUUGCAGAACCAACAAGAUGUGCAUCUGCAUGAUGUGUGGAAUGACUGAACACAACAGUCAUGAAAAGGUUGAGCUGGAGACAGAAAGAGAAGGAAAACAGGUUUAACUCUCUGAGUCUGUCAAAGGUGGCCUUGUCCUGAAGUCCUGGGAUGCACAUGGCUGCUCUCCUCUGCUCAGCUUCAUGUGCUGCUUUCUCUUACUUCUGUUUCACUUGAAUAUCAGCACCUCAGAAGAUUCAGACACAUUUUUAGAAGUCCUGUGUAGCUCCUCACAUAAACUGCUUGUUAUGGUGUAUAAAAUCU